AUGGCGUCGGCUCAGAAAGCGUCGGUGUCGCAAUGGACGGGCCUGCGAGCCUCCCCGCUUGUGCCAACGCCUCCUCGCAGCCUGAUUAAAGCCAAGCGCCCCAUCGUCACCAAGCUACGCCUUUUCGCGUCCUCCGAGGCGCCAAAGGACUCCAAAGACAUUGUUCCAAGCAAGAAAGAGAAUCAUGCAUUUCCAACGGCCUCAUCCGUUCCGUGGUUCAUCACCCGCCGCGCGCUCGUCACCGGCGCGUCCAUCUUCGUCGGCGCCACGUCCGGUCUCCUCGCGUCGGCCGCCGCGAUGGCCAGCGACCGCCGCCUGCGCGGGCGCCAGGCCGUCCUGGAAAAAAUCCGCGCGUUGCGCGAGGAGCAGCUGUCGGAGAAGUCGUCGGAUAAGCUCGCGGAGGGGCCGAGCGCGCCUUCUGUUGAGACAACCACCGAGGGAGACGAGGCGGGCGAGCAGGAUAGCCUUCCUGUGAGCGAGGCGGCUGUGGUCACUGGGGCUGGUGUGGGCGCAUUGGUGGACGCAGUUUCUUCUGGAUCGGCUGCUGCUGGCGCCGACGCCGCUACUAUCGACGCCGUCUCCAGCGCCGCGGGAAGCGGAGCACAGGCCGCUGCUGAUGGCAGCGCGGCGUCGGCGAUCCAGUCAGCUUCGGGCUUGGAUAUCGGGAUCGAUGAUGCUGAGCUGGACGCUGACGUGACGCCGUCGGGAGACGUUGACGAGGGCAUCGAGACACAGCCCGAGGCUGAAUAUGAGGCAGUAGCUGAGCCCGAGCCUGAGGGAACGGCUGAGCCCGAACCGGACGCAGUAGCUGAUCCCCAACCUGAGCCUGAGACAGCAGCUGAGCCCGAGCCUGAGCCUCCCGGUGAGUUCGACCCUGAACCAGCAGCUGACCCCGAGCCUGAGGCGGGGGCUGAGCCCGAACCUGCGACAGCAGCCGAGCCCGAGCCUGAAGCAGCAGCCGAGCCUGAGCCUGAAGUGGCAACCGAGCCCGAGCCUGAAGAAGCAGCCGAGCCCGAGCCUGAAGCAGGUGGUGAGCCCGCCGAACCUGAGGCAAUUGCUGAGCCCGAACCUGAAGCAGAGGCCGAAACUGAAGCUGCAGCAGCUGAGCCCGAGCCUGAAGCAGCAGCUGAGCCCGCCGAGCCUGAGCCGAUGGCUGAGCCCGAGCUUGAAGCAGAGGCCGAACCUGAAGCUGAAGCAGCAGCUGAGCCCGAGCCUGAAGCAGCAGCUGAGCCCGCCGAGCCUGAGGCAAUGGCUGAGCCCGAGCCCGAAGCAGAGGCCGAACCUGAGCCUGAGUCAGCAGCUGAGUCCGGGGCUGAUGGAGCAGCUGAGCCGGAGCCUGAGGAAGUGGCUGAGCUUGAGCCUGAGCCUGAAGUUGAAGUUGAGCCCAAGCCUGAAGCCGCUGAGCCUGAGCCUGAGGCAGCAGCCGAGCUCGAGGCUGAAGCAACAGCUGAGCCCGAGCCUGCAGCAGCAGCCGAGUCCGAGGCUGAAGCAGCAGCGGAGCUGGAACCUAAGCCUGAAGCGGUGGCUGAGCCCGAGCUUGAAGCAGAGGCCAAGCUCGAGCCUGAGGCAGCAGCUGAACCCGGGUCUGAACAAGCAGCUGAGCUCGAGCCUGAGUCAAUGGCUGAACCCGGCCCUGAGCCUGAAGCUGCAAUUGAGUCUGAGCCCGAAAUUGCUGAGCCCCGACCUGAAGCAGCUGGACCCGAGCCUGAAGCAGCUGAGCCCAAGCCUGAAGCAGCUGAGCCCGAGCCUGAAGAAGCAGGUCAGCCCGAGACUGAGACAAUGGCUGAUGCCGAGCUUGAGCCUGAAGCUGCAGUUGAGCCCGAGCCGGAGGCCGAGCCUGAAGCAGCAGCCGAGCCCGAGCCUGAAGAAGCUACUGGGUUCGAACCUGAGCCUGAAGCUGCAGCUGAGUUCGAACCUGACGCAGUGGCCGAGCCUGAAGCUGAGGCAGUGGCUGAGCCCGUACCUGAACCUGAAGUUGCAGUUGAGCCCGAACCUGAGGGAAUGGCUGGACCCGAGCCUGAGUCGGAGGUUGCAGCAGCGCCCGAGCCUGAGGCAACAGCUGAGACAGGUCCUGAGGCAGCAGCGGAGACGGGACCUGAAGGAGCGGCAGACAUCGAGCCUGAAGCGCCAGCAGACCCCGAGCCCAAAGAGACACCAGCGCCUGAGCCUGAUACUUUGGCCGAACCCGAACCUGAAGUAGUGGCUGAGCCAGAGCCUGAAGCACAAUCUGCACCCGAGCCUGAGGCGGCAGCAGAGCCCGAGCCCGAGCCUGAGGCGGCAGCCGAUCCCGAGCCUGAAGCAGCAGCAGAGCCCGAGCCUGAGCCUGAGGUGGCAGCAGAGCACGAGCCUGAGCCUGAGGUGGCAGCAGAGCCCGAGCCUGAGGCAGCAGCAGAGCCCGAGCCUGAAGCAGCAGCUGAGCCCGAGACCGAGCCUGGGGCGGCAGUAGAGCCCGAGCCUGAAGCAGCAGCUGAGCCCGAGACCGAGCCUGGGGCGGCAGGAGAGCCCGAGCCUGAGCCUGAGGUGGCAGCAGAGCCCGAGACUGAGCCUGAGGCGGCAACAGAGGCCGAGCCUGAGCCUGAAGCAGCAGCAGAGCCCGAGCCUGAGCCUGAGGAGGCAGCAGAGCCCGAACCCGAGCCUGAAGUUGCAACAGAGGCCGAGCCUGAGCCUGAGGUGGCAGCCGAGCCUGAGGUGGCAGCCGAGCCCGAGCCCGAGCCUGAGGCAGCAGCAGAGCCCGAGCCUGAAGCAGCAGCAGACCCCGAGCCUGAGCCUGAGGUGGCAGCAGAGCCCGAGCCUGAGGCGGCAGUGGAGCCCGAGCCUGAAGCAGCAGCUGAGCCCGAGCCUGAGACGGCAGCAGAGCCCGAGCCCGAGCCUGAAGUGGCAGCAGAGCCCGAGCCCGAGCCUGAGGCAACAGCAGAGCCCGAGCCUGAGCCUGAGGUGGCAGCAGAGCACGAGCCUGAGCCUGAAGUGGCAGCAGAGCCCGAGCCUGAGCCUGAGGUGGCAGCGGAGCCCGAACCUGAGCCUGAAGCAGCAGCAGAGCCCGAGCCUGAGCCUGAGGUGGCACCAGAGCCCGAGCCCGAGCCUGAAGUGGCAGCAGAGCCCGAGCCCGAGCCUGAGGCAACAGCAGAGCCCGAGCCCGAGCCUGAGGCAGCAGCAGAGCCCGAGCCUGAGCCUGAGGUGGCAGCGGAGCCCGAACCUGAGCCUGAAGUAGCAGCAGAGCCCGAGCCUGAGCCUGAGGUGGCACCAGAGCCCGAGCCCGAGCCUGAGCCUGAGGCGGCAGCAGAGCCUGAGCCUGAGCCUGAGGUGGCAGCAGAGCCUGAGCCUGAAGUGGCAGCAGAGCCCGAGCCCGAGCCCGAGGCAGCAGCAGAGCCCGAGCCCGAGCAUGAGGCGGCAGCAGAGCCCGAGGCUGAGCCCGAGGUGGCAGCAGAGCCCGAGCCUGAGCCUGAGGCGGUAGCAGAGCCCGAGCCCGAGCCUGAAGCAGCAGCAGAGCCCGAGCCUGAGCCUGAGGUGGCAGCAGAGCCCGAGCCUGAGCCUGAGGCGGCAGCAGAGCCCGAGCCCGAGCCUGAGGCGGCAGCAGAGCCCGAGCCUGAGGCGGCAGCAGAGCCCAAGCCCGAGCCUGAGGCAGCAGCAGAGCACGAGCCUGAGCCUGAGGUAGCAGCAGAGCCCGAGCCCGAGCCUGAAGCAGCAGCAGAGCCCGAGCCUGAGGCAGCAGCCGAGCCCGAGCCCGAGGCUCAGGCGGCAGCAGAGCCCGAGCCUCAGGCGGCAGCAGAGCCCGAGCCUGAGCCUCAGGCGGCAGCAGAGCCCGAGCCUGAGCCUGAAGCAGCAGCAGAGCCCGAGCCCGAGCCUGAAGCAGCAGCAGAGCCCGAGCCUGAGCCUGAGGUGGCAGCAGAGCCCGAGCCCGAGCCUGAGGUGGCAGCAGAGCCCGAGCCUGAAGCAGCAGCUGAGCCCGAGCCCGAGCCUGAGACCGCAGCAGAGCCCGAGCCCGAGCCAGCAGCAGCAGAGCCCGAGCCUGAGCCUCAGGUGGCAGCAGAGCCCGAGCCUGAGCCUGAGGUGUCAGCAGAGCCCGAGCCUGAAGCAGCAGCUGAGCCCGAGCCCGAGCCUGAGACGGCAGCAGAGCCCGAGCCUGAGCCUGAGGUGGCAGCAGAGCCCGAGCCUGAAGCAGAAGCAGAGCCCGAGCCUGAAGCAGCAGCAGAGCCCGAGCCUGAGCCUGAGGCGGCAGCAGAGCCCGAGCCUGAGCCUGAGGUGGCAGCAGAGCCCGAGCCUGAGCUUGAGGCGGCAGCAGAGCCCGAGCCUGAGCCUGAGGUGGCCACAGAGCCUGAGCCUGAGGUGGCAGCAGAGCCCGAGCCCGAGCCUGAGGCAGCAGCAGAGCCCGAACCUGAGCCUGAAGUUGCAACAGAGGCCGAGCCUGAGCUUGAGGCGGCAGCAAAGCCUGAGCCUGAGGCGGCAGCAGAGCCCGAGCCUGAGCCUGAAGUGGCAGCAGAGCCCGAGCCUGAAGCAGCAGCUGAGCCCGAGCCUGAGCCUGAGACGGCAGCAGAGCCCGAGCCCGAGCCUGAGGCGGCAGCAGAGCCCGAGCCCGAGCCUGAGGCAGCAGCAGAGCCCGAGUCCGAGGCUGAAGCAGCAGCAGAGCCCGAGCCUGAGCCUGAGGCGGCAGCAGAGCCCGAACCUGAGCUUGAGGCGGCAGCAGAGCCCGAGCCUGAGCCUGAGGUGGCCGCAGAGCCCGAGCCUGAGCCUGAGACGGCAGCAGAGCCCGAGCCUGAGCCUGAGGUGGCAGCAGAGCCCGAGCCUGAGCCUGAGGUGGCAGCAGAGCCCGAGCCUGAAGCAGCAGCUGAGCCCGAGCCUGAGCCUGAGACGGCAGCAGAGCCCGAGCCCGAGCCUGAGGCGGCAGCAGAGCCCGAGUCCGAGGCUGAAGCAGCAGCAGAGCCCGAGCCUGAGCCUGAGGUGGCCGCAGAGCCCGAGCCUGAGCUUGAGGCGGCAGCAGAGCCCGAGCCUGAGCCUGAGGUGGCCGCAGAGCCCGAGCCUGAGCCUGAGACGGCAGCAGAGCCCGAGCCUGAGCCUGAGGUGGCAGCAGAGCCCGAGCCCGAGCCUGAGGCAGCAGCAGAGCCCGAACCUGAGCCUGAAGUUGCAACAGAGGCCGAGCCUGAGCCUGAGGUGGCAGCAGAGCCCGAGCCUGAGCCUGAGGUGGCCGCAGAGCCCGAGCCUGAGCCUGAGGUGGCAGCAGAGACCGAGCCCGAGCCUGAGGCAGCAGCAGAGCCCGUGCCCGAGCCUGAAGUUGCAACUGAGGCCGAGCCUGGGCCUGAGGCGGCAGCAGAGCCUGAGCCUGAGCCUGAGGCGGCAGCAGAGCCCGAGCCCGAGCCUGAAGUGGCAGCAGAGCCCGAGCCUGAGCCUGAGGCAGCAGCAGAGCCCGAGCCUGAGCCUGAGGUGGCAGCAGAGCCCGAGCCUGAAGCAGCAGCAGAGCCCAAGCCUGAGCCUGAGACGGUAGCAGAGCCCGAGCCCGAGCCUGAGGCAGCAGCAGAGCCCGAGCCUGAGCCUGAGGUGGCAGCAGAGCCUGAACCUGAGCCUGAAGUUGCAACAGAGGCCGAGCCUGAGCCUGAGGCGGCAGCAGAGCCCGAGCCUGAGCCUGAGGUGUCAGCAGAGCCUGAGCCUGAGCCUGAAGCAGCAGCAGUGCCCAAGCCUGAGGCAGAGGCGGCAGCAGAGCGUGAGGCAGGAGCAGUGCCUGAGUCCACGGCAGCGGCCGGUGGGUCAGCUGCUGUGUCUGGUGAUAGUGCAGUGGACGAAGCCAUUGGGGAGAUCAUCCAGAUUAUCAAGGACUCACUCAAGGGGUAG